GUCUCCAGCGGCCCGGACGGCAGCCAUCUCAAUCUCAACUGCGCUUCCUCUCUCUACCACCGCAGUUGGUCGGAGCGGCACCUCGACUCCGGCGACCAACGAUGCCACGGCCUGCGGCGAGUGUCUCUGUAGGAUCGAAGCUACGGUCCGUUGCAAAGAAGUCCAAAGAGAUGAUACACUUUUCUAGAGAUCAGCUGAUGGGGUCAGCAUUUGUUGCAUUUGGCAUCAUAUUAUUUGUGGGUUUCUUCUAUGCCGCUGUUGUGUCCAAAAUGCUCCCGCCUUACGAGAACUGGCUUCUAGCUGCCAUCCAAAAUGACAGGUAUUACUGCCUACUCGUGCCCUUGACACUUCCUGUGAUAAUUGUGGCUGUCUAUCUGCAUUGGCUAAGCAUGAAGAUGUUCAAGCAUGCCUGAAGAACUGCACAUCUGUUUUGCAGAAGAAGCCAGUUUUCAAGUGUAAAUUGAUGGCAACUUACUAAAUUGACCUCAUAUUGUCACUACUAGGUAUUAAAAUGAGCACAUUUAUCUUAAGAAAGUGUAUUUGUAUUUGUGAAAUGCUUAUGAU